GAGAGGUCGCUCGCUCCACCUCCCGCUUCAGUGAGUGAACGUGUGCCCCCACCUCAUCCCGUCUCCCGUGCCCACUCUUUAUCAAAACCCUUACUUUUCUCCCCUUUUCCCCUCUCCUUCUCUCCCUCUUUCCCUCCCCCCUCCUUCCUUAACCCCUUCUUCGCCCCUCCUCCUCGAAAAGACUUCGGUUCGUCUCAAGUGUGUGCUUCCCUCCUCGAAGUCUUAGACCGCUUCGGGACCUGCGGCCGGCGUGGGAUUCCGUUCCAGAGAUUCCGACGGCGCAGGCAUCUCGCAUCCCGAGACGUCCGUCCGGAAGAGCGGGUUGAAGGACAGCGAAGCCCCGAGAGCAGAUCCGAACCGAUGAAGCUCUGCCCUGUGACAUGACGCAGCGUCCCUAAGGCACAGCUUUUCUGAAGGAUUCCGAAGGAGAGGUUGGGCGAGAGGCCGCGUUCCUUGGUCCGUCGCGUCUCGAGCGGAGGCCGAGAUGUCUCUCCGGAAGGACGCGACCAUCUCCUCCAAGAUGUCGGAGUACGACAACGUGCCUGUCCUGCCGGGGAACUACCACGACUACAAGGACCAGCACGACCUGCCCGUCGCGCCGCCGCACCUCCUCGGCAGCUUCCCGGUGGACGACCCGCCGCCCGUGCCCCCCCACCAGGGCGUGUCUGCCGGCACGACCCUGCCGCCGCCGCAGCCACAGCAGCACGCGCAGCUUCACCCGCAGCAACAGUUCCCGCAGCAACAGUUCCCGCAGCAGUACGCUCAGCCGCAGCCGUACCCCCAGCAGCAGCAGCAGCCCGCGGCGCCGCCGUCGGGCCGGCCGCUGCAAUUCCCGACGGAGCAGGCGCCGCAGCAGAACUACGACAGCCUCGACGUCCGGCUCGUCAUUCAGCACCAGAAGCAGCUGCUGCAGCAGCAGGAGGAACAGCUGCAGCAGCAACAGCAGCUCCAGACAGGACAGAAGAGGACCGUUGUCACCACUGCAAGCAAAUCCAGAGAGAUCUUAUGCAGAUCAUAUUCCUGUCAGUAUUCGGGAAGCUGUGCGUCCAUUAAAAUGCCUUCGCAGGAGUGGUUGAUGCAGCUUCUCCGGAUAAGGAACUCUUAUUGGCACGUGGCAUGGCUCUCAGAUGUGUUUACCCUAAGACAAAAGCUCCCAGAGGUAGCACAGUGA